GAUAAGACUUUACUCAACUCGUACUGUCUGGUCGUCCAUCCAGUCGAACUGUCGGUCGGAGGAGCCGAGCGACACAAAACAAAUGCUUCACAAUAUUUUCUUUUUACUUUUUGUUCCGUAAACAGCUCCACAUUUUCGCAGUCAUGGAGUUGCCUGAAAUACUGUACAACAAAGCGGAGUAUAUUGAGACGGCUUCUGGCAACAAGGUUAGCAGGCAGUCGGUGCUCUGUGGAAGUCAGAACAUUGUACUUAAUGGAAAAACCAUCGUCAUGAAUGACUGCAUUAUCAGGGGGGACCUGGCUAAUGUCAGGGUGGGCAGACAUUGUGUGGUUAAAAGCAGGAGUGUCAUUCGUCCACCUUUCAAGAAGUUCAGCAAAGGAGUGGCCUUCUUCCCGCUGCACAUCGGUGACCACGUGUUCAUCGAGGAGGAUUGCGUUGUGAACGCAGCUCAGAUUGGCUCCUACGUCCACAUUGGCAAGAAUUGCGUCAUAGGUCGUCGCUGUGUGCUGAAAGACUGCUGCAAGAUCUUGGACAACACUGUUCUUCCUCCAGAGACGGUGGUGCCUCCUUUUACUGUCUUUUCAGGAUGCCCAGGUUUGUUUUCGGGGGAACUUCCAGAGUGCACACAGGACUUGAUGAUUGACGUCACCAAGAGCUACUACCAGAAGUUCCUUCCCCUCAGCCAGAUAUAAAGACGCCUUUGCCAUCACAACUUUUCUCUUGUACAAGGUCCAGCUCGCUGUCUGCAUUGGACAAGACUCCCAUCGAGCAACGCUUCUGUGUUGCAGAAACAUGUUCAGACAUCUUGAGAGUGUGUCUAGAAAGGUUAUGUAACAUUUUCUUUCCCCUUGCUUUAAUAUUAUGAAUAAAGUAAUGUUCUGUUGUCACAUAAUGUAUUAAAGAGAGCGAGAGAGAGCGGGAGAAGGCAUCUUUUGAAGGAAAUUGUCGCUCUUUCAGUCAACCUGUAAACACGAAAGUCAGAUGAGACAAACUUGGACCAAAACGAUCUUGCAAGACAAAGUUGUCAUUUCACAGUUAAUAUAGUGGUUUAUUUGCAGCUAUCAGGAUUCAAUAUUAGAGUGUCAAUUUGUGUGCUGUCAUUGUCUGAGACUCUGAGCAAGAGAUAACACCUUAAACAAUGCCGCAAAUCCAUUCCUAGAAAUGCCUGGUAUGAUCUUGUUACAAUACAGAUUGAAGGACAUGGAAGGAAUUUGUAGUGUUACUUAUUCAUUCUUCUCACAUGUGCAUAACAGUUCUGAGGUUUGAAUCUUUGCUCCGCCCCUCCGGUGUGGAGUUGUUCAAAAAUAGCCUUUGAAAAUUUGUAUAUAUUUUUAAACAUAACUUCACUAUGCUCAUAUGUGCCUACAGAACACCUUAAGAAACUGAAGAAUAACCUGACAACGACAUGUACAUAAAUGAAGUAAAAUUAAAUGGAACAAUACAAUUGAAUCUAUCUUUACCUAAUAUGUGCCAUGUACGAAUACAUGUACCAUUACCUUUCUGACACAUGCCUGUCAAAGUAGUUAUUUUCCAAAUAAACCUAUA